AUGCCCUUGUCUGCUCUAUCAUCUUCUUCGAACUGGGAUUUCACUCCGGUGAUUGACCUACUUCGCUCGCCCACUUAUGGCGAAGGUUACCAGCCUGACGCUUCUCGCCACUUCCAGCCUUACAACGCAUCUCCCUCAACAGCUACAUCCAAGAUUGUCCUGAAUCAUCCAAACACUAGACACGAGACUAGUCGCUCCCCAAAAUUGGGCGACUUUAGCUCUCUCUGGGAUGUUUUGGGCGAUGCCCCCUCUUCUGCUCAACGAGAAGUUGGGCAGCACCAGGACGUCCAGAACGAUGCUGCUGGGCAAUCUCCCCAGAGGACCCCACAAUUUGAGAUCUUGAAACGGCCCUCUAAUAAAAGUAGGAACGGCGAAAGUGUCGGCGGGGAACCUCUAAGGACGCCGCCAAAGCCAGUACCAGGUUCGGAGGUCAUCAACUCUGGAAAAUCCACAGUUAGGUCCAGCGGGAUCAAACACAUUACCCACCAGAAUAGAAGUGUCAUCGAGUCUAGCUCGCCGGAUAGUGGUUCAGGGACAGAGUCGGAUGGAAACCUCAGUAUCUUUGACCCUUCAUUUUCAAAGAGGGAAGGCGUCCUAUCUUUGGUCCCUUCACAGGUGGGGGUAUCCGCGGCUACCAGUCGCCCUUGUGAGACGCCACCUUCUUCAUACGACGAAUCUGAGAAGACAUUUACUCCCAAGGGCGUCAAGCACUUGCCUAUUUGUGGCCCCGCUCGCAUUCAACCACUUGCCUACAAGUCAGCAUCUGACCGGAGGGUUGGCCUUUUAACAAAACUCCUGAAGUCUUUCCCGGAGUAUGCAGAGACGGUCGCACAAUUUGGGCGGCCUGCAAACCAUAACCAGGCGACACAAGCCUCCCGUCCGAUUCAUGUCUUUGUGGACAUGUCUAACAUUAUGGUUGGGUUUCACGAUGCUGUGAAAGUAUCACGAAACAUACCGGCGACGACGCGAACUCGGCGUGUGCCUCUCUCUUUCCAAAAUUUUUCAUUGAUACUGGAACGUGGGAGACCCACGGCCAAACGGGUGUUGGUAGGCUCCGAUCGGUUCGCGGCGAUCAAUGAGGGCGAGAAGCUUGGAUACGAGACGAAUAUCCUCGACCGAGUGCAGAAGGUGAAACAGCCAACUCGCCAUCAGGUGCGCUUUCGGAAGAAUCCUCGGGCUAGCUCUCGCGAUAGAGGCAGUGGUUCAGAAACGAACGACGUGCCGGGAUGGGUCGAGCAGGGUGUGGACGAAAUUCUGCACCUAAAGAUCCUAGAAAGCCUCUUGGAUACGGACGAACCGUCGACCAUUGUGCUCGCUACGGGAGAUGCGGCGGAAGCCGAAUUCUCAGGCGGGUUCAUGAAGAUGGUGGAGCGCGCGCUGCAGCGUGGGUGGAAUGUGGAACUGGUGAGCUUCUCCCAGUUGACCAGCUAUGCAUAUCGCAAGAGGGACUUUCGGGCGAAAUGGGGCGAGCGAUUCCGGGUUAUUGCUCUGGAUGAAUAUGUCGAGGAGUUGUUGGCAUAG